AUGAGCAGGGACAGCGGCCGCGCAUCGUCGGCAACUGGGGAUGAGCGCGGCGGCAUGGAGGAGGUAGCAGUAGCAGCAGGCAUGAAGCGCGCCGCCUGCAAGCGCCCGCGCGGCGCGCUCGACGGCGGCGGGUCGGCAGCCGCGUGGAAUGCGAGCCGGGUGGCGCGCGCCGCGGCCGGCGGCAAGGACCGCCACAGCAAGGUGGUGACGGCGCGGGGGCUGCGGGACCGCCGCGUCCGUCUCUCCGUGCCCACGGCCAUCCAGUUCUACGACAUCCAGGACCGCCUCGGCGUCGACCAGCCCAGCAAGGCCAUCGAGUGGCUCAUCCGCGCCGCCGCCGCCGCCGCCGCUAUCGACGGCCUCCCGUCGCUCGACUGCUCCUUCGCCCUCCCCACCGCCGCCGGGGCCGCAUCUCCGCCGGGCGCUGGCGACGACGCCGAGGUCAGCACCUCCGACACCAGCAAGAGCUCCGUGCUCUCGCUCGCCAACGCCCCGGCUGACAACGCUGCCGCCGCCGCUCAGCAAGCCAGUCACGCCUACAGCGGCAACGCCGGCGGCGGCGGCGCGUUCGCCGAGCUGAUCCUGCACUGCUCCGCCAACGACAGCAAGCCCGUGGAGCAGCAGCAGCAGCCGACGCUCGCCUACUACGCAGCGCAGCUCCCGAGCGCGCACGCCGCGUCGGCCAUGUCCUUCGAGACGAUGCCACCCCACUUCUCCUUCAUCCAGGAGCAGCCUCACCACGCAGUCGCCUUCGACCGGGGCACACUUCAGUCCAAUGCCGCCGUCGCCGCGCCGCUGUGGCCGACGUCUCAGCAAGCGUGCCUGCUGCAGAGGUUCGCCGCUUCUCCGGCUGAUGCCACCGGACUGCCGUUCUUUCUUGGAGGCGGUGCUGCUGCUUCUCCGGUGGUGCCAGACAAUUCGGAGCCGAGGCUGCAGCUCUGGGACUUCAAGCAGGAACGGAAGACCUGA